CGAGCGUCUGUUUGCCUGGCCCCAUGGUGCAAUGAUCUGCAAUCCAUGAAAGUUCUCAAAACAUGGUGAGCACUGUUGCCCCAGCAAGCACAACGGUUGUGCUCCGAAAGCGCAAGAGAGGUGCUGCAUCACUCGUUCUCCGUGUGCCGUCUUCACCGUCUCCAAGCUAUCGCUCUCAGUCGGAAUCCGAGUUCGAGCCUGUUCCUCAAAUUUCCUCGUCAUCUUCGGCGUCACUCCAUGCAAAGCAAAUCAAGAAAAUUAGGAACAAGUCGUACCAGUGCACACAUGAGGGAUGUGGGAAAGCAUACUCCAAACCGUCGCGCCUGGCCGAGCAUGAACGAUCACAUACAGGAGAUAGGCCGUUCAUUUGUCAUGUAUGUAAGAAUACAUAUCUACGCGACAGCCAUCUACAAGCACAUGCGCGGACGCAUCAACCCGAUUCUGCGAAACCUUUGGUUUGCGAUGAACCUGGUUGUGAAAAGCGCUUCUGGACGUCACAGCAUCUACGCGUGCACCAGCAGCUGCACAAGGGGGAAAAACCUUUCAAGUGUACGGAACCUACCUGUCAGGCCUCCUUCGGGAAACAUCAUCAAUUGAGGGAGCAUGUUUGCACAAAUCACGCCCUUCAAGGGACUAAGCCUUACCGGUGUGAACAUCCUGAGUGCACAAAAUCAUUUCUUACCAACCAGAAGCUCCGGGCCCAUGCCAAAACCCACACCGAGAAACGCUACACUUGCGUCCACGAGUCGUGUCUGCCCGCACCGGGUUCAGCCCCUACAUAUUUCCAAACCUGGUCGACUCUUCAGCAUCACAUGCGGGCGUCUCACCCGCCCACUUGCCCGUACCCAUCCUGCAACGGAAAGGCGUUUGCUGCACAGAAGGGACUCCGUGCCCACCUGAAGCUACAUUCCGAGCGCGAUCUCGAGGCUGAGCUCGCAGCUGCUGAGACACUCCCAUCUGAGGAUGGAGAAACACCGAAAAAACGGCGAAGAGGAGGGGAAGUUGGCAGAGAUUGGAUCUGCGCUGAGGAAGGCUGUGGAAAGGACUUCAAAUCUAAAAAGGCUCUCACCAGUCACCAUAAUGUCAGUCAUCUCGGUCGCCGAGAUUUCAUCUGUCCGCAUGCGGAUUGCCGUCGUGCGUUCGGUUACAAGCACCUCCUCCAGCGGCAUGUCGCCAAAAUCCACCGCGCAAAGUCUCCGUCGAGUUCCGAGUCUGACACACAAACAGAUCAAGAAUCUGACGGUGAUACGGCGUUGAGCAUCGAUUUCAUCACAGGACAUGCAUACCAAACACGCUCACAGACCCGUUUCAAGAAUCCUGCCAACUUGCAGUGCCCAUACCCGACUCUGCCUCCUUCGUUCGUCCUAAAUGAGGUGCCAACGUCGGCCAGCGGCCAAAGCGGCGGUUGCUGCCGAUUCGUAUUCAGUCGGGCUUAUGAUCUUCGCAGGCACUUGCAGUCCGAGCAUGGUCUGGUAGUCGAGAAGGGCAGCGUUGACGAGUGGGUGCGCAAUUUGAAACAUGACCGGCUGUCGGAAAUGCCACUUCUUGUCCGCAGCUGA